UCAGGAGAUAAAGAGAACUGCAAAGCCGGUUUUGCAGAACAGCAAAAGCCAACGAACAGGUCGGCAAGUAUGCAUGAUACUAGGAAAAGGAAGAAACGGAAAACAAAAGGAAAGAAGGAGGGAAGGAAGGAAGCAAAUAAACCGAGAAGGCAGCCAACACGUAACCUCCGAUACUUAACACCCCAAGUCGAACUGAACCAAUCCCUCCUAUUGAUCCGCCCACGCGCAUCGGUCGCACGCGCACACAUGGCCGAGACUCCCCGUGCCCGGCCGCCGGUGAGGCCGCCGCCGCCCGUCCCCGUCCCCGUGCCCGUGCCCGAGCCGCGGACGCCGCCUCCGGAGUCAUCGCCUUCCACGCCGGGCGAGGACUACCACACGCCGACGCCAUCGCUGGACGAGGCGCGGGAAGAGACGCCUCCAUGGCAGCAAGAAGAAGCCAACGGGCGAGCAUCCGCCACCAAGAGCCCGCCCCUGUCUCCCGUGCGCUUCCCUUCGCAGCAGCAGCAGCAGCGCCUGCCCCCGCCGGACUCCCCCACCGGCAACGGCGAAGAAGGCCCGGCCCCGGCACCGGGCCGCCGCCCGCAGCUCCGCCUCGCGACCGGCCUCGUCCGGACGCCGUCGCAAGGGUCUCUCGCCAAUAAGUCUCCCUCGCCAUCGGUGACGCCGCCGUCGCCGCUGACCCCUGCUCCAGCCGCGAACGGCAACGGCAAGAGCGCCCAGAGCACGCCGAAGCGCGCGGAGGCAUGGAAGCAGCCGCCGCCGGCCACGCCGAUCUCGGUGCCGUUCGACCCGGACGAGGAGGCCAUCACGUCGCCACUGCAGCUCGGCAAGGCCCGGCUCGACAGCCAGCGCUCCCACGCGCCGGGAGCGGCGGCAGAGCAUAGAGGCGACGGCAGAGGGGUGCCGGCCGACGUGGCCGCGGUGGCCGCGGUCGGGGAGAGGAGGCCGCUGUCGGCGGGGCUGCGGGUGGCCACGGCGGUGCUCAGCCUGGCGUCCUUCGCUGUCAUGCUGAGCGCCCGGACGUCUGGCUGGGACGGCGACUUCUACGGCCGCUACGUGCAAUACAGGUACGCCAUCGGGGUCAACGUGAUCGUCUGCGUCUACUCAAUUGCGCAAGCCGGCGGUGAAAUCCGCCGUCUUGUCUGGCCGAGGUUCAUUUACCGGAGCAUGUCAAGCUACUACGUCAGCCUGUUCCUUGAUCAGGUGUUGGCGUAUCUCCUGAUGUCGGCGUCGUCGGCGGCCGCGUCGCGCAACGAUCUGUGGGUGUCGAGGUUCGGCCAGGAUGCCUUCAACAAGAAGAUCAGCAGCGCGGUGUGGCUCUCCUUCCUGGGCUUCCUCACGCUUGCCGCAAGCUCGCUCAUCUCCACGGCUAAUCUCUUCAGUAUGGUCUGAACCUGAUGGGGUUCAUUCCCGGCCCUUUCGGAAUGUUGCUGGGUUACUACGUACUACCGGUGUUCUUGUUCGUCAUGUAAAUUUUGCAGUUCAUAUUGCUACUACUUAGCCACAAGUAUACGAUUUAUACGUUGUUCUUGGUUCUGACCUCUGACUCGUCAGGAAAUCAUAUCUGAAGAGAAAGUAUUGUAGAAUUGCCACAGAGACGACGUCCUUCCUUGGUGCUUUAUAUUUCAGUACUUGUCGCUGCAUACUGUAUGUCAUUACCCCAGAAAUGAACACCACACUCUGAAACCAGAGAUGUUUCUUAA